AUGACUAAACCAAAAGCAGAAGAUGGAGAAAUUAUAUACAAGAACUGGGUAUGGGUGCCCAAUGAUAAAGACCUAUUCACAAAGGGAUAUAUAACAGAUUAUUUGAAAGAUGGUAAAUGUAAAGUGCAAAUAGAAUCACCACAUAAUAAAACAAUAGUGAUUGAACAGUCAAAAUUAGAGAAUUGUAACCCUACAAAAUUUGAUAAAUGUAAUGAUAUGGCAGAAUUAACUCAUUUAAAUGAACCAAGUGUUGUUUAUAAUAUGUAUUUAAGAUAUGUUGAUGAUUUAAUUUAUACUUAUUCGGGUUUAUUUUUGGUGGCUAUAAAUCCAUACAAACUGUUACCCAUAUAUAAUGAUUCAAUCCUAAAGAAAUAUCAUUCUGUAAAUAAUCCCAAUGAUGAAAUUUUACCACCUCAUAUUUUUGCAAUUGCUGAAAAUACAUUUCAAAAUUUAUUAAGUAAUAAAAAAGAUCAAAGUAUAUUGGUUACUGGGGAAUCUGGUGCUGGUAAAACUGAAAACACCAAAAAGAUAAUACAAUAUCUUUCUUCAAUUGUUUCAUUAAAUAACCAUCAUAAUGAUCAUCAUAAUCAUGUUAAAAAUAUAGAUGAUAAAAUACUACAAGCAAAUCCAAUUUUAGAAAGUUUUGGGAAUGCCAAAACAAUUAAGAAUAAUAACUCUUCAAGAUUUGGGAAAUUUAUUCAAAUAUAUUUUAAUGAAAUUGGAGAAUUAACAGGGGCAAAUAUUGAUUAUUACUUAUUGGAAAAAUCAAGAGUUGUAAGUCAAUCACUGGAAGAAAGAAAUUAUCACAUUUUUUAUCAUUUUUUAAAAGGUUAUGAAAAUUUAUCAAGUUUAGGAUUAAACAAAGACUUAUCUACAUAUCUGUAUUUAAAUGGACAAUCAGAAAUUGAUAAUGUUGAUGAUUUUAAAGAAUUUAAUUUAUUAGUUGAAGCUUUUAAAAUUAUGGGAUUUACUUCAGAACAAACUCAAUUAGUUUAUCAAAUACUAGCCAUAAUUUUACAUCUAGGAAAUUUAAAAUUCACUUCAUUAACUGCUGAACAAGCUAGUUUUACAAAGGACUCACCAAUUGAAAAAAUUGCUAACUUGUUAGGUAUAAAAGUUUCUGCAUUACAAGAAAAUUUAUUAAAACCAAAAGUUAAAGCAGGUAAAGAAUUUAUAACGAAAUCUAAAAAGGCAAACGAAGUCAAAUUUUCCAUAGAUGCAUUUGCAAAAUACUUGUAUGAAAAAUUAUUUCAAUUCAUAAUCAACAAAAUUAAUAAGAAUUUAAACAACCCCAAUUCAUUUCAAGGAAAUUUCAUUGGUGUAUUAGAUAUUGCGGGUUUUGAAAUAUUUGAAAAAAAUUCAUUUGAACAAUUAUGCAUAAACUAUACAAACGAAAAACUACAACAAUUUUUCAAUCAUCAUUCAUUCAUAUUGGAACAAAGUGAAUAUUUGAGAGAAAAUAUACAAUGGGAGUUUAUAGAUUUUGGUAAAGAUUUACAACCAACAAUAGAUCUUAUAGAAACAAGAUCUCCAAUGGGGAUUCUAAAAUUAUUGGAUGAAGAAUGCAUGAUGCCUAAAUCUUCAGAUAAAGAAUUUAUGUUAAAAUUAAGUUCAAAUUUUGGUAAUAAUAAAAACAAGAAAUUUUCAGAAAAUAAAUAUAAAAACGGAUUUAUAAUACAACAUUAUGCUGGACGAGUUGAAUACAAUGUUGAAAAUUGGUUACAGAAAAAUACUGAUCCUGUAAAUGAAAAUUUAAUACAAUUGUUGGGUACUUCAUCAAAUUCAGCUAUAGUGGAAAACUUUGCAUCAACUGAAACAAUAGUCAAAACAUCCAAUGGUUCUCAAAAACUUAGAACUGCAUCUCAAAAACAUAAAGAUCAAUUGAAAAACCUUAUGGAUCAAUUAGAAUCAACUGAACCACAUUUCGUAAGAUGUAUAUUACCAAACUUGGAGAAGAAAUUUCAAAAAUUUGAUAAACAAUUAGUCUUAAACCAAUUAAGAUGUAAUGGUGUUUUAGAAGGUAUAAGAAUCACAAGAGCAGGAUAUCCAAAUAAAUUAAUGUUUGAUGAAUUCAUUUUCAGAUAUUCUAUAAUUUAUGAUAAAUUUCAAUUCACUAAAAAUGAAAGAACAAAUUGUGAAUUGAUCUUGAAAGAAAGCGGAUUAAAUAAUGAGACAUAUAAGAUUGGAUUAACUAAGAUUUUUUUCAAAAAUGGCAUAUUAGGACAAUUAGAGGCAAUGAGAGAUUUAAAAUUAAAAUCAACGUUAACUUAUUUACAAAAAGUUAUACGUGGUAAUCUUGUCAGAAAGGAUAUACGACAAAAGAUCAAGAAAUUACAAUCAAGUCAAGUUAUAGCUAAAACAAUGCAAACUAUAGAAGAAUCUCAAAAGAAUCCAUGGAUGCAAUUAUUUUACCAUUUAAAACCCUUGUUGGAAGAUUCUAUUAAAGUAUUAGAUUCAAAAGAAGUUCAAGACAAUUUAAAUAAAAUGACUUUGAAAUUCAAAGAUUCUGAAAAUGCAAAAGAUACUUUAACCAAGGAUAAUGAAAAAUUGAAAACUACAUUACAAAAAUUAGAAGAUGAUAUAAUUUCAAACAACAAUAUAAUCAAAGAUAAAGAUACUCAAUUACAAAAACUAAGAAAUGAUGAAACAAAAUCGAUCAAAAUCAUAAGUGAAUUAGAGCACAAAAUCAAAACUUUGAAAGAAACUAAUCAAUCAUUACAAAAAGAAGCAGGCUUGUUAAAUAAUAGAUUGAAAGAAUUACAUGAUAAACAUGAAUUAAAAUCAAAAGAAUUAAUCUCAAACACUAGUAAAUUUGAUGAUGCUCAAAAGGAAUUGAAUUCAAUAAAAGGUGAAUUUGAAAAGUUUAAACUCAAAAGUGGUAAUGAAAAAUCUUUAUUGAGUGAAUUACAAGAUAAACACGACAAGACAAUAACCGAUCAUGAAGAUAAAGUAUCAAGUUUACAAAGAUUAAUUGAUAGUUUGAAAGAAAAACAUUCAGCUAAUGAAAAAACUAUUAGUGAAUUAAAUUCAAAGCUAGAAUCUAAUGACGAAUUAACUGUAGCUCAAGGAAAAUUUGAAUCAGAAAUUAAAGAUCUUAAGUCUACCAUAUCACAAUUAGAGCAACAGAAACAGUCACUCACAGAAGAAAUUGAAACUUUAAAAACUCAACUCAAAAAUCAUGAUUCUAAAAAGUUGAAAUAUGAAGAGAAGAUUGAAGAAGCCAAAGAAAAAGUAACUACAUUGAAAAACAAAGUUGAUACUAAAUCUGAUGAAAUUAUACAAUACAAGAAAAAGAUAAAAAAUCUCAAAGCUGAAUUAUUAACAGUUGAAAGCCAAAUGAAGAAUGAAAAAUCGAAAGAACUUGAGUUCUCAGAAAUUAAAUCUAAUGAAAGUGAACACCUUAAAGAAUUAGAAGUACUACAAUCCAAACAUACACAAAUUAUAACAGAUCACAAACAACUCAACAACGAUUACGCCAAGAUCAAAUCUGAACUAGAAAGAUCUCAAAAAGCUCAAAAAGAACAUAGCACCACCAUAACUCAAUUGAAUUCUCAAAUUUCCAACUUACAAGAUGCAUAUAGAACUAUUGAAUCAGAAAAGGAAAACUUACAACCAAAUCCUCAAUUCAUGGAAGAAUUUGCACACAUAAAAUUAAAAUUAAAUGAACAAAAUGCAUCAUUAAGAAAAGAAAAAUUUGAAAAUAGAAAAUUAGUUGAAGAGUUACAACUCAUAAAGGAAAGAGUAAUGAAUGGAUCUUUAUUAAGUAGUGAUAUAACUCCAAAAAGAAGAUCUUUGGCUGUUGGUGAUAGAAUUAAUGGUAGUGUUGAAGCAUUAAAUAAAGAAAUUAAUAAUUUAAAACUGAGAUUACAACAAGAACAAGGGAAUUAUCAAAGAGCUGAAAAUUAUGCAAUUGAGUUACAGAAGAAACUUAACAAAUUAGAAUCUUCAAGAGGUUUAAAUAAUUCAGCUACUAAUGAUUUUGAAAAAAAGUACAAAGAAUCUCAAGCUAGAAUACAUCAAUUAGAAAAUAAAAUUGAAGGAUUAAUUUCAUCAGAUUCAUCGAGUGAAAAUUCUUCUCCUAAUACAACAAUGACAAGAAGUGAAAGUUUAGGUAGCUCAAUGGCAUUUCGUGGAGUUAAUCAGGAUUUUGUACAAAUAUAUCAAGAUAUGAACAAAACUCUUAAAUCAACAAGAGCAGAAUUAAGUAAUUCUAAAUCAGAAAUUUUAAGAUUAAAAUCUUUGCUAAGAGAAUCAGAAGAUGAAUUAUAUCAAGUUAAACAAUCUAAAUUUCAAAGUUCCAUGAAGGAUUAUGAACAGGAUAUUGCUCAUUUAAAAGUUAAAUAUGAAAAUGUUACUUCACGAAAUAAUGAUUUAAUUCAAGGUUUGGAUUUAUAUAGAAAAAGAUCAGAUGAAUAUUUCAAAAAAUUAGAAUUAGCAGAAUCAGCAGUUACAAUUUCUAAAAGACAAGAAGAUCAAGCUAAAAAGGAAAUGAAUGAAUUAAGAAGUCAAUUAAGAUUAGCAAAAGAAGAAUCUAGAACUUCACAAAUAAUGUUAAAAGAAUCAAGAUUUAAAAUUGAAAAUUUGGAACAUACAAUUCAAGAAAAUAAAACCAAGAUUGAGAAUUCAACUAAAGAAACUAAUGAAUUAAAAGAUAAAUUAGCUUACCACAUUAAGAAUUAUGAGAAUAAAGAAACAACUGAGAAUUUAAAAGAUGAAAUAAGAAAUUUACACAAGGAUUUAAAUUUCAAAACAUCAAAUGAAACAGUAUUAAUCAAAGAAAAUAAACAAUUAACAUUAGAUUUAGAAGAGCUUCAAAUUUUGAAAAAGAACCUAACUCACGAAUUAGAAGAAUCAGUUUUGAAAGAAGAAGAAUUAGAAAAUAAAAUAGUCGAAUUAACUGAUAAAUUAAGAACACUUGAAAAUUCCAAGAUACUUAAUGAAAGAAAAAUAACAUCAUUAAAUAAACAAAUUACUGGAUUAAAAGAAUUAGUUCAAGAAAUAAAUGAAGAAAAAGAUAAAUUAUUUGAAGCUAAAGAAAAAUUAGAAGAAGAUAAUUUAAAACUAAAUUUUAAUUUAGAAUCAAAACAAACUGAACUUGAACAAAAAGCAUCAGAAAUUUCAUUCCUUAAAAUCCACCUCGAGAAUCAAAAACAAGAUCAAGAAAUUUUAACAAAAGAAUUAAAUCAAUCAAAACUGUUAUCUACCUCCGAGUUUAGAGAUCAACAAAAAUUUCGUAAUGAUUUAUUAAUAUCAAAAGAAGAAAAUUAUUCGUUAAAGAAGACUAAUGAAGAAUUGACUAAAAAAGUUCACGUUCUCGAAGAGAAACUAUACAGUAACGAACAAAUCAAGUAUUUAGAAGAUAAGAUUUCAAAAUUAACCAAAAAUUUAGACUUAUCAAUCCAAGCAAAACAGGAUUCAGAUAAGAUCAUUAAAAAUUUAGAAAGAUCAAAUAAUUCAUUAGAAACAAGAAUUCGCAAUGAAUCUCAAUUAAGUAAAAAAUAUAAUGAUGAAAAUUUCGAUUAUCAAAAUAAAAUAAAUCAUUACAAAUCUUCGUUAGAUUCAUUACAUAAUGAAAAUAUUGAAAAAAAUCUUUUACUUAAAACCACAGAAGAGAAAAACAACCAAUUAAAUGAAAAUAUGUUGAUGUUGCGAAAGGAAGUUUUGGAGUUGAGAGAAAGAUUAAAUUUAAUUUAA